CGCGGUGCGACCGCCCGAACCAACUUCGAAUUGCCCCAAUCGACCAAUGGGUCCGGCCAUGCCAAUGGCGGUGCCGGCGUGGCCGAAAAUGUGGAGCCUUUUUCGUUUGAGGCUGUGUGUGGAAAUGGGGCUGAAGCCGAUGGGUUGCUUGGCGCGCUCAGGGCUAAGCUGCUCGACGGCAAAGGGUGUGUGGUUCCACAACCACGGGGGAAUAAUGGUGGUGCCAAGAUGGAGCUGUUUCCUAUUGGUCCACGUGGCGUGGUGGGUUUUGUGAACCCGAACCCGCCUCCUUCUUCAUCCGGGUCGGCGAAGGAGGACCCGAUUGUGUUAGAUGUUAACGGUCAUGAUCAUCGGUGGGGUCAUCAUCAAGCUCAGCCUAGUCACACAGCAUCAAACCAGAGCAUGGCUUGGAGCAAUGAGUCUCCAGCAUUCGCAUAUGACCAAGUGCCCAAUUGGUCAACAUGGUCAACGCAAACUGAUUCAUUUACAGAGCAGUGCCCUAUGGAGCUGCCAUUGCAAAUCACAAGCCUUGCUGGGGAUGGUAAAGUGACAGCGGUGAGCACACAGCACCUAUCACAGAUUGAUGGGUCAGCAAUUUUGGGGUCAUCAGCUUCAGGUGCUUGGUCUUCAGACCAGCAGCAGUUUUUGCACUGUGACAACAAUUGGGCGGCAGGUGGUGCAAAUGCCUCUUGGGACCCACUCUUCUAUGCAUCCUCUGUUCUGGGGUGAUAAUUUUUUUUUUUUUUUUUUUUUUUUUCUUUCAGGUGUUUUUGAAAAUACCUUUUUAACCUUACAAGCUAAGUCUUCUUUGCAGGCUAAUCAUUCUUUAAUGUGUGUGCCCCCAAUAAUAAAUUAUGUACCCUCCUCCCCCUCUUUGUUUGUGUGUUGCAGUAGUGAGUGACAAUUAUGUAAAUGUAU